AUGGCCGGCUUCGAGCUCAGAACCGCGUUGUUGUACUGUGUCUCGACGUUAGGAGUUGCCGGCUCCGUGCUGUGCAUCUACACGAUGAGCCACCUGUCGUUCAAGAAACACAGCAUCUUCCGACUGCUGCUGACCACCAUGUGUUAUGCCGACCUGUGCUUCAACGUCCUCAAUUUCUCGGCAGUCUACUUCGAGACGAAUUCGAGCGUCUGCGUCACCGCCAACUCGUCGUCUUCGCUGCUGCCGCUGCAUUUCCUGCGGUUCGUCAAAGGCCUUAUGCAGUCCAUCUCACUGUUUUGCGACCUGUCAACCGCUCUGCUGGCACUCGAGCGCUACCUGUCCGUCUGUAAGCCGAUCUUCUGGCACACGGUCAGCAGAAUGACGAAGUUGCGUAUGUGCUACGUGAGUCUGACGCUGGCGGCUCUGGCCAGCGGCAUGCGCUUUACGUGCAGCUUCACGAACGACGUGCUGUACGUGUACAGAAACAACUCGCCGGUCUACAACCGAAUGCUGAAAAAUCGCUUCUACUACAGUAGUACGUUCGAGGUGUUAAACCUCAUCACCGGCAUCGUUAUUCCGUGCAUUCUGAUCGCCGUCAUAUUUUUCCUGACGAUCAGCGUGAUCCUGGGUAUCAAACGACGUGCCCAAAUGCACCAGUUCAGUCUCCAGUGGUCCAGUGUUUCGGCAAAGCUGCUGUUCUUCGUGAUCGGUCGAAAACUGUCCACGCUGACCACCAACACUUUGCACGAGCGCAAACUGAAGGAGGCGCGCAAUCGAGCGAUGUUGAUCGUCGUGACGCUGGUCGGCUUCCUUCUAGACCAAUUUUCGUACAUAUUUUCGGCCACCUGCUACUUGGUCGAAAUUAACGAUUUCCGCUUCCCCGAGGACCGCCUAUUGCCAAUCACGUUUGGCAACGUUUACAGACUGACGGUAGUCAUGGUCGUGAAAAUCGUGUGCGCCGUCAUGGAGUCGUUGGCGCACACGAUUAACUUCUACGCCUACGUGCUGUUCAACGCCACGUUCAGGGAGAGGUUCAAGGAGAAAAUAGCUUGCAACGACAGGAGGCACGACAGCGUCUGA